AUGAUCACAGGAAAUUUGGCUGAAUUUGUAUGGGGAAGUGUUGAGCUGGCUCUGAAUGUUCUAUUGUACUCCAGAUUGAAAUUGCCACAAAAAGUGAUGUCUCCAGGUCUCUUACGUAUGUCACUCGUUCGUGAAUGCAAUUACAACUUCGGGGUUGAUACUAAGAUUGUCAGAUAUGUUGUUGCCUCCAUACUGACUCCGAAUAUUGUUAGACACUUUCGUAAUUCAAAUGAUUCUUAUCACUUCAUAUACGGCUGCUUCAUGUGCUUUGAUGCCAUGAUCGUUAUGGACAUCUUUCCUAUGACAGACACCAUCUACGCUAUGAUCCUCAUUUUACGUUUGUUUCAUCUUUUAGAAAACAUAUUCAAAAUGGCCAAGGCUGCUUAAUCAAUAAAGAUUCAUAUGAAAAAAGUGAUAAAAAUUUAAUGCAAUUCUGUGAAUUAAGUGAACACUUCAAAUUAGAUGAGUAUGGUUUCUAAGAAAUUGGAAGUGUCUCCUCCAAAUUCCUCAUAAACUACGAAUGCGAGUUCACUCAAUGAGGUUGAGAGUAACCAAAAGAGUAAGAAAAUACCUCAAUUUCCUAAUGUCUAUUAAAUCAAAAUACAGACAUCAAAAACAACGAAAAUAGAUAUACUGAUUGACGAACCUGAUAAAUUUGAUCUACUAUUCGAUUAAUAAUUAAACAUGGAUAGAAGGAUGAAUCUUCAGAUCAAACUGAAUUUAUGUGCUCAAGUGUAUUAGACUUUGAAAAAACAAUAUCCAUGCGAAUGGCUGCUCAGACAGAUUGCUCAAUAUCAGGCCGAGUUGUUGCUUUUAGAUUAAUGA